UUUGAUAACUGUGCUGAACGCGAAGGUUGUGUCGGAGCUCUGUACGGGUGUUUUUUUUUUUGUUUCAAAAUUCCUAAACAAUAGGAAAACGCGAGAAUUUUUGUAAAUCAAGCGAGAAACAACUAAAGAACCGUUGCGUGACGUUGUGCGUUUCCAAACCGGCUUCAAAUAUAGAUGAAGGCUUGCUGUAUUGUUAAAUUUUUUGUUAUUGUGUAUCGCGGUAUAGAAAGUGGGAGAGCGGCUUAAGCCGAGAGCGAAAACUAUUGAACGCCAACAAGCAAUAAAAACAAAUGGCAAAGUUUUCAGCGUGUUUGUUAGCGCGUUGUGUGUUAAUAUGUUAAUUAAAUGUUGCUUCGUAACUGCUGAUAGCUCACUUUAACAAGAGUAAAAGCAAUUAACAAGAGUGAGAGCAAAAACAAAGUUAUACAAAAAAAGUUGGCCUGACAAUGCGCCUACAUUAAGCGCUGAGCUGAACUGAACUGAACUGAACUGUACUGGGAACUAAAAUAUAUAUAAACUGACAAAUCAGCCAUGGCCCUGAAUCAGGGCAGAUACAAGCCAACGAUCUGUGCCAUUGACGAGGUGGACGAUCGCAGCUACAAACUGCACAGUGGCCCAGACGAUGUCAACGCCAAGCAGCAGCAGCAGCAGCAGCAGCAACAACAGCAACAUCAACAGAUUGAGGGCAGCGAAACGGCGCCUUUGACCACAAAUCAACAAAAGCUGCAUAUGGAUGAGGCUGGGCUAACGCCCAAGGAGCUGGAGGCGGCACGCAAGGAGGCGCUCGCCGAGGCUAGUGGGGUUACGCCCACUGGCAAUACGCCAAACUCAACGCAUACAUCGGCCAAUGGACUGCGAGCCUUGCUGCUUCCAGGCCGACGCUCCUUCGAUGCACUGAUGAGUCUGUCGCGCAAGCGUCGCCUCAUGUACGUGGCCACCGCCUGCCUGUGCGCCCUGCUGCUGGUCAUCAUCUGCAUGCUGGCGGCCUUCUGGCCGGAGGUGCCUUUCUACCUGCGAGCGCCGCUCUGCCUGCAGCGCGAGUGCGUCGAGAGCAGCCGCCAGCUGCUGCUCUGGGCCAACACCUCGCGCAGCGCCUGCCACGAGACUUACGAAUGGGCCUGCGGCAACUUUGCCAGCGAAUAUGCCCAGGGCGAUUACUUUGUGAUAAAGCGCGGCGAAUGGAAUUACAAGACUUACAAUGAGUAUCAGGAGUUGAACGAGCUGAAUCGCUUCAUUGCCAUGCUGCCCAAUGCGGCGGAGGGCGCCUACACGGUCGAGUCCACGAUCAGCAGUCUCUAUCGCAGCUGUCGCGAGAUCGAUGCACUGGACAAGAGUCAGUCGGAUCUGCUGCUCAAGCGCGCCAUCAAAUCUGUGGGUGGCUGGCACGCCUUCCCGGACGCACAGCGGCUCCAGCACUGGGAGUACAGGAGCGCGCUGAAGCAUCUGCAGGCCAAGUUUGGCAUCUUUCCCUAUUAUCGCGUCAGCGUGGAGAACGGCUACACCAUACCGCACGACUAUGUCAUAACCCUCACCGAGGGCGAGGUGGGUCUGCCCGACAAGUAUUUCUAUGGGCCCGAUGCCGACGAGGAGGUGGUCCGUGGCUAUAAGCUGCUGCUGCGCGACUUUGCCAUCAACAUGGGCAUUGUAUCACGCGAGGCGGAUCUAUUUGCGGAUGAUAUAUUCCACUACGAGCGACGCAUUGUGCAUCAUCUGGAGGCGGCCAAGCACAGUGGGCAACGCCAGCAGAACAAGCUGCUGCGCCUGGCCGAAUUGAAGAGCAUAGCGCCAUCGCUGCCCAUACUGGAGUCCUUGCAGGCCAUAUUCACCAACACAAAGAUAACCGAGGAGACUGAAGUGCUGGUGCGCGAUGUUGAAGUGUUUCAGGAGCUCUCCACGCUGCUCUCCACCUCGGACAAGAAGCCCAUUAACAACUUUAUCAUUUGGUCGCUGGCACGUCAAAUGCUGCCGCAUCUGUCCAAGGAGUAUCGCAUGCUGGCCGAGAACUUUGACCAUGCUAUUUAUGGACGCACGGCCAGCUAUCCACGCUGGCUCAUCUGCAGCAAAGUGGUGCGUGACUGGCUGCCCUUUGCCGUCGAUGCAUUGCAACAGCAGCCGCCCAAGCAGCAGUUUGAUGCAUUGACGCGUCAGCAGCAGCAGCAACACCCGAAUGGCUUGAACAAAACGCUGGGCAAUGAGAAAUUCCUGCAGCUUAUGUUUUAUAGCCUGCGCAAUCAGCUGCAGGAGUCGCUGACUCAGGCUGCCUGGCUGGAGCCAACGGCGCGGCAAUUUCUGCACAAGAAGCUCGCCGAAAUGCGCGUGCAGUUUGGCAUACCCGGCGAGCUGUUCGAGCAGACGGACUACAUCAAGAACUACUACAACGAGCUGCUGCUGAACAAUCUAUUCUUGGUGGAGCACCUGGAGUCCAUUUGGACAUUCAAGCGCUCGCGCAUGGAGGAGAAACUCAAGGCCCUGAGCAUGCUCGAUGUCAUUGUGUCCGAGAUGUACACCAGGGAGCAGCCGGCCCAGCCCAUUGCCUACUCCAACAAGCUGAAUAUGCUGCUGGUGUCACGUGUGGUGACCAAGAGCAACUACUACGACUAUCGCUAUCCCGUCGCUGUGAACUUUGCGCGCAUUGGCACGGACAUACUCGAGACGUUGAUCAACAAUUUUCCGACAUUUUUGCUGCAGUUCAAUGCCCAGAGCGUGGACGUGAGCGAUGUGCCGGCGGAGAUUGAGUAUGCGCAGCCGGAUGUGAACUGCUUGACCGCUGGGCAGCCGCCGCGUCUGGCGCACGAGCUGCGUCAGUUGUCGCAGGAGGCGCUCAAAAGCUUCCACGUCACGCUGAGCGCUGCGCGCACCGCCGCACGCGCCUUGAGCAGCUUCGUCUCGGCCAUAGACGCUGGCAGCGCCAUCCAAGGUGCGGGCAUUGAUCAGGCGGUGACCUACGAGGCGCUGGGCCUGACGCGACGCCUGCGUGUGCCGGGCCUGCGCUCCUUCAACGAGAACGAGCUCUUCACGCUCGCCUACAUGCAACAGCAUUGCAGCACCAGCAUUGCGGACAAGGACUACGCACGCAUCAAGCCGCACGUGGAGCGACAGCUGGCCGAGCGCUAUCUCUUCAAUGCUACUUGGCAGCAUAUUCAGUUCCUGCCACGAUCGACCAACUGCGCUGCCGCCGACGUCAGCUGCUCCAAUUUGCUGUGAGGCAAACCGCUGAGCUCAGCCGCAUAUUUAUUGUACUCCCUUCUACACACACACACACACACACACACAAACACACGAACACACAAUUAGUUGUAGACUUAGGCUAAUCUAUUAAUCAUUAAGUAGUUGUAACUGCCUUGAACAAUAAUUACAUUUUGUUUUGUAACUAAGCCAAGCCCACUAUUGACAUCACUUAUAUAGAGCACACAUACACACACAUACAAGCAUGUUACAGAACUUGAACUGCCAAACAUUUUGUUUGUUUGUUUGUUUGAAUGUACAAUUAACUUACGUUUACGUUUUAACUCAUAAGCAUAAAUCUAAAGUGCUUAAUACUAUAGCCUUAGUUAGUUGCUAAGCACACAUAACGCAUAUAAACAUAUAUAUAUAUUUUUUUU